AUGAAAUUCACUGCCUCCUUCAUCGUCAGCUGCCUGGUCGCCGGCUCUGUGGCGCUCACCGUUCCGAUCGAGGCCCGGCAGAGCACUAGCGAUGUCGUUCCGAGCUCCAUCCAGGCUCGUGAAACAAGCGACGCAGCCGUACUUGCGGCUCGUCAGGGCCGGAAGAAGAAGACUAUCCCCUGCCUGGCAUCGGAAGGCUGCCUCCCCGCGGAUAAGUCGGGAUAA